GUAUGUUGAAAGGAGGAGAAGAAAAUUGGAAUCUAAGUUUUACUAAAUCAUCUGACUGUUCUGAACCCUUCGUUUUCUCUCUUAAUGUCUCAUCAGGAGACCAAUGCCAACAGUUUAUGUCUGGUAUUCUGGAAACCUGGAACAUUCCGGCGUGGGUCACUAUUCAUAUCCUAGCCUGGUUUCCUUCUCUUCUAGGAGAUUUAUUAUUUGUUGUUGCAGUACUCAGCCAUGAAGAAUUUAGGACUUUCCUCAAUAUUUCCCUUGUUCUGAUCAGGUCUAUUCAACUGGUUGCAAGAACUACAGUUCUAAUACUGCAUAUUCUUCUUCUUGUGGGCCCCAACAUGAAUCUUUGUUUCUUCUACACCUUCUUCUUCGGAUUCAUCCUGACCUUUGAAACUUGGGGAAUAAUCCUCAUGAUCUUCGGACAGCUCUUCGUUGAAAACUGGUUUUUAUCUUCAAUAUCCUGUAUUCUUCCAGCCUGCUGUGAUGACGUUCCAACCAUGUUUAAAGAGGAGAGUGAAGAUACCCUGUUGUUGAUGGGUUGUCGUGUAGCUAUAAUGCUGGUGGCAGGAUUUAUAAAUAUUAGAGCAGCCUUUAUAUCAGAUACUAGACCUAGCGAUACACAAGAAAAGUAUAAAGACAAGUCAAGAAAAUCUAUCCGAAAACCCGGAUGA